GUCUGAUCGGAAGCUGAGGUGUGUGCGCGAGAGAAAUUUCGGGUAAAUCUCUCCAAGAUGGCAUCUUUCGUUUAGCUCUGUGUUUUUCGGAAGCGUUUAGCUAGAUUCAAGCAAACAGUUCCAAAUAAAUUUUGAGGUUAACUUCAGAGUUCGGAAAAAGAAACAUCCUGCUAUUUCGCCAAAAUGGCCGACGACCCGGGUCAUAAGGUCAUGCUGUACUUUCUAGAGGUACUUAUGUACAGUAAUGUACCUCUCACAAUCAGCCAGCUGGCAGGACGUUUCGGAGGACGCAGCUUCACACCUGAAAUGCGAACAGCCGCUGGUGGAAAUGAAGCUGGACUCAAGAAGUUUCUAUUAAAAUAUCCGUCACUAUUUACAGUAAACGGAAACCUCGUCAGUCUAAACGAUGGAACUGCCUCUCUUGGGGGGAACUUUCGAGAAAGCAGCCCAGCCUCCUCCUCAGGCUUCAGCCAAUCAGAGGUUUCAGUAGAAACUGAAGCUGUCCAAUUUUUUCGAGGUCGGAUUGUCAAACGAGAAGAGACAUGGGUUCCGAUAAAGAGUCUCGCGGGGCAUCUUUCACAAGCACCUGCUGAAAUACGCGAGUGUGUUGGUCCACAAAAUGAAUUUCGUGAGUGGUUACUUAGGCAUCCUUUAAUUUUUGACGUGAAAGAAGACUUGGUGAGCCUAAAGGAUAACAUAACAUACAGUGCUGUGAACCCUAAUGCUGAACCAAUCGAAAAUUUAAAGAUGCCCUCGACUCGACCAGAUGUACUCCUACAAUCGUACACACCUAAAAUAAAACGAAGACCCAAGUCUCUUGACGUUGUAGAAUAUAAUAGACAACAAUCGGUUACUAAACCUGCAACUUCUGGUGCUAAAUCUGGUCCUAUCACAAUGACAGCUAAUGAAUAUAAAGCCGUCAUGUUUGUGAAGAGUAUUUUAGAAAAGAAAGGUGAAAUGCGUAUUUCUAAUCUUUCAACACACAUCAAUCAAGCACCAGAAAGUUUACGCAACACAAUAGGUUGGAACAAAAAUGACAUCACCACAUUUAUAGUCAAUCAUCAGAAUAUUUUCACCAUUAGUGGUGAAGAUCUUGUUUCAGCCAAUCACAAUACACGAUUGAAUGUCAUUAUAACUGGAAGCCGACCCCAGGCUUCGAACCGACCUACCGUUCAGGGUCGGAAAGGCAAGAUUUAUCAUGUUGCCAAAUUAUGGGGCAUAAUCGACUUGGGCAAGCACGAACAUGUAUUUAUCGAUAGAACUAUAUUUGGUAAAAGUAUUGAUGAUCUGAGUAAAGUUUUGAAAAUUGGAGAAAUGGUGUGUUUCGAUGCGAUACCUGCUCCUAAAGGCAGUCGUGCAAAGUGGCGUGCAAUCAAAGUUUGGAAGGAGAACGAAUCAAUUGAAGAUCUUUUGGAUAAGAUAGCUGCAAAGUUAGAACUUCCGAUGGAUGGUGUCAAACAACCGUUGUCACCUGUAUCUAAUAUCGAUGAAGAGAUGCAGAAAUUUAUGCCUGAAUUAAACGAUGCUGCUGGAACUCCGUUGGAUGUAAGUGGAAUAAAAUACGCUUUUUCUGAUGCUGCUCCAAGUGCAGCUGGUGUGGUUCCAGUGUGGAAUUUCAAACAUGUUGAACUUGAAGGAUUGCAGGACGUGGAUGACAUGCAUUUCAGCGAUGAGGAGGAUAACAAACCGCAAUUAAGCAUGGUAGCAGAGCGUUAUUUUAUGAAUCGCUCUGUUCUUGGUGAUAAUCAACAGGAAAUAACCAUAAAAACUGAUGGAGAGCAAAGAAAGGCAACAAUGACAAAUGGGACAGCCGAUUCCCCUAAAGCUGCCAACAAAGGUCAGAGGAAGAUGAUAGAUGUAAGCUGUCAGACGAUAACGACAGGGGACGUCCUCGCAACUCAGCUCUUCCAUGAAAAUAUUUAACUUACAACAAAUAAAAUAUGUGAUACAUUAUAUUAUUAUAAAUAAACAACUUUUAUUUAUUCUAUUCAAAUAAAAACUAUUUAUUCAAAUAUUUCAAGUGACAUGUUUAAUCUGUCUUAUUUUAUUUUGUAUCAACAUGUAUUCAUGUAUAAAAAUAACUGAUUUAGUGGUUUUAGAGUUUUUGUUAAUAAUAAUGGAAUUGUAUUUAGAAUGAAUUUUAUCGAGUCAUUUAUUUGGUAUCUUAUAUUUUAACUAACCAAUUUCUAUUUAAUUUUAUGUUUUGUCCAAGAAAUUUAAAUUUCUUCCAUGAUUUCUCCUCCUAAUCUUGAUAUUGACAAACUGAAAUGAAUGAAUUUCGUUAUAAAUAUUUAAUGACUGGAGGUUUUAGUUAUUACACGUAAUUGCCCCUUCAUGUAUUUAGCUAGUUGAUUGUAUUUUGAUCUCAAACUGACAAAUAAGGCUCCAAUUUCUACAGUAAUAUACAUAAUAUAUUUACAAUCUAUAAAAAUUUACCCAUAUAUAAAUUUUGUUAGGAGGAGAAAUCAAACAGGAUAAUCUGAAUUUUUGAGCAUUUUGAGAAUUAUAUUACAUGUAUAUUCAAGUGUAUAACAACAGGGUUUUGUGUUUUGUUUGUUUUUGACUGAAUGACAACACUGUAAAUACAUGUAUCGACGAUGGCCGUAGAGCCUCAUCUCAUACAUGUAGAUCAUUUAAUAUAUUCCCAUACAAAUUAACAAGGAACUCCAAAUUAAGUAGUUUUCUACUGAAAGUCAAACAAAAGGUGACAAAAUUAGAAAUGGAUUGAAUGAAUAUUUUUAGUUUUGACACAAAUGAUUGAAGAUCUUUGAGAAUUGUUUUAGUUUUAAUAUUUUGUAUAAGUUUUCUCUUCAUGUGGGAAAAAUUGUGUUUUCAACAUAAAAACUCAGGAUUGUUAUUAGUAAGAAAUGUUAAAAUGAAAUAUUUUUGACUGUUAACCUUGUACUCACACGAAUUGCGAUGUACGACUGUUUACUAUAGAUCUUUAUAUUGUAGCUGCAGCUGUAUGAAUAUGUGUCACUUGCAUGCACUAUAGUGUAUACAUAAAUACAUCUGUGUUAGAAAUAGAACAAAUAAAAACUUUUCUAAAAAAAAUGAGAACAAAAGAAAGACAAAAUCUGUAUGGAUAAUUAAAAUUCUGUUUUCUAACCUGGAUUUCGAAGAAUUUUAGUAAUUCAUGCAAGUUUUUGUUUUUUUAUCUGUACUGUACAGUAUGUAUCGGUAAUUAACUAGGAAUUGCAUAAUAAUAAUGUACAGCUAUUUUCGACAGCUCAAAAUAUUGUUUUUGCUGAAAAAUUUCAACUGUAAAUAGUUAUAUUUACUGUUUCCAUGUUUUACCAAAUAAUCCUUCAUGUUCUAGUUCGUUAUAAAUGUAAACAAAAAAAAUAACACCUAGACUUUCUAAUUUGUGUCAAUAUUUUCAUUGCAUAGCCUUUAUAUUGAGGUCAGGAUAUUUAAAACUUUAUUUAUCCUGAUUUGCAAACAUGUAGAGAUUAAACUGAUUAUAUGCAUGUAUUAUCAAGUGAAAGUAUUUUUACGUGAAUAUCUAGGCAGUUUACAGAAAUUGAACAAUCUGAGGAUUAAUUGGUUAAAUAUGGUAUUUCGUUAUAUAUCCUGCGGGUAUGUUUUCAUCAUCAAACAUCAACUGUGGAAACAAUUUCUUAUCAGAGCAGCAAUUAGAACUUGUCAAUUACGAUAAAGAAAUUGAAAUAGGCAGUAGAUUUGAGAUAUUUGUGAAAACAAAAUUGAUCUAAUCUAUUCUAUAAUGUGCAAUAUUUUAUUCUUAGAUAUUUUUAAAAAGUUAUUAAUACUUAGAAGUCAAUUGAGGCCGGUGCUUUGUUCUCCUUUUGUCGGCUCACAUUAUCUCAGUUUAUUGUUUUUCGAUGCUUGAGAAGUUACAUUAUGAACAAUGAUUACUAGUACUGGUAUGGUUUAGAUUUUUUGAUACAUGUAGGAAAACUUGAAUUACUCAAGUUGGUUUGAUACUGUCUUGUUUUUUUAUCAUUAGGAUUUCUGUAAAAUAUGAAAUGAUUGUACUAUGACUUCAAACCCCUUUUGAUUCUCUCCUCAAGUUAAUGUUACAUAUAUAUGUUCCUAAUAUAAGGACAAUUAUUAGACAUGCAAUAACUCCAUGUUUAACAGGAAUCCAAUGUAAACCAUUUAUUUACAGAAUCUCUCAGCUGUCAUAUGCAUGUAAUUAGCCUAGACUGCCUCAAUUGAACUUAUCUUUUUUUUUAGCUAUAAAGUUUAUUUUAAAUAGUAAAUUCCUUAAAUGGCAUUUAGUAAUUGGAACAUAAUCAAAUAACACACUAUUUAUGGAUAACAAUUACUGUGGUUUAUUUCACUGCGACGUUUCAACAAGAUUUCACAAGUCGUUAUCAAGCAUAUAACACAAAUGACACUCCAUGUUUAACAGGAAUCCAAUGUAAACCAUUUAUUUACAGAAUCUCUCAGCUGUCAUAUGCAUGUAAUUAGCCUAGACUGCCUCAAUUGAACUUAUCUUUUUUUUUAGCUAUAAAGUUUAUUUUAAAUAGUAAACUAUAUAAAAAUAACUUGUUAAUCAUGUUAUGUGUAUAUCUGCUUCUAGAUUAUAUUCUUUCUUCAUUGAACAAAAAUAUGUUCUUUUAUCAACAUUUUGAGAUCAUAGAAUUGUCUUCCAUAUGUUUAUACUCAUCAGGAACUUUUAGAUUCUGCUUUUAGAACACUUUUGCUUUAUUUUGAUUUAACAGGUUCCUGAACUACUCGCUAAAAAUGAAAUGUACAUUAUUUUUUUAUUGUUGGUAGUUUUCAUUUUUUAUAUUUAAUUUAUAUUUUAAAAAAAUACCCUUUUCGUUUGUGGGAUAUUAUUUGGCCUGGGUCUUUGUGGUAUUUUGUUUCCUAUUUUGUUGGAAACAUGGUGACAUCUUGGCAAUAAAUUUAAGUAUUUUCAAAUUGGACAUAUACCAAAAGAAAUUGGCUUUGUAAUGAUUGAUAUUUUUUUUUGUCCCCCGCCUUUCGAAGAAAGCAGGGGACUAUUAAAAUGGGUUCGUCCGUCUGUCUGUCUGUCGGUCCGUCUGUCUGUCCGUCACACUUUUUGGGACACAAUAACUCUCUUCCUAAUUGAGCUAGAAUGUUCAAACUUGGUGUAUGUGUUUAUUAGGUCAAUGCCUUGAUGGAGUUCGAAGAUGAGCAUUUUCCGCUUAGGGUAAGCAGAGAUAAGCAAUUUGAUUGGUUGAUGCUUUGGGACACGAUAACUCUCUUCCUAAUUGGGCUAGAAUGUUCAAACUUGGUGUAUGUGUUGAUUAGGUCAAUGCCUUGAUGGAGUUCGAAGAUGAGCAUUUUCCGCUUAGGGUAAGCAGAGAUAAGCAAUUUGAUUGGUUGAUGCUUUGGGACACGAUAACUUUUAAUUGAGCUAGAAUGUUCAAACUUGGUGUGUGUGUUUAUGAGGUCAAUGCCUUGAUGGAGUUCGAAGAUGAGCAUUUUCCGCUUAGGGUAAGCAGAGAUAAGCAAUUUGAUUGGUUGAUACUUUGGGGCACGAUAACUCUCUUCCUAAUUGAGCUAGAAUGUUCAAACUUGGUGUAUGUGUUGAUUAGGUCAAUGCCUUGAUGGAGUUCGAAGAUGAGCAUUUUCCGCUUAGGGUAAGCAGAGAUAAGCAAUUUGAUUGGUUGAUGCUUUGGGACACGAUAACUUUAGUUCUAAUUAAGUGAGAUUGAUGAAACUUGGUGUAUAGUUUCAUUACAGUAAUACCUUGACUAAGUUUGAUAAUGAGCAUUUUCUGCUCAGGGUAAGCAGAGCGAUACGCAAUUUGAUUUUUAUAUGUGUCCUCUAAUUAUUUUCCUAUUUCGGCGGGGGACAUCAGCCUCACUGUUGGCUUGUUUAUUAUUAUUCCAGAUUAAUUUAUGAACUUUGAUUACAAAUAAUAUUAUUCUAGUAGAUUAAUUUAAAAUUUAAUGAAUUUAUCAUACAAAUCCUAAAUCAUUUUAUACUUCAAGUAUUUUCUAAGAAUUAUGUUUAAAGAGAGGAUUGUUUUUCUUGCAUGUUUUCACUUUUAUGCAUCAAGUUAUUUUUUUGUUCUAUAAUAAACAUAUUUAUCAAUGGUUAGUUCUAUGAUGUAGAUACUGCAUUUAGUUAAAAGUUGUCUAGAAAAUAACUCAUAGAAUUUGUACAAUUUAAAUUCUAUUUAUUUUUAAAAAAUGAAAAAAGUUGAUAAAAAUUAGAUUUGUGCGAGAGUGUCUUUGUUCUGUUAACACACCUGAUUAAAGUGGUGUGUUUACUUUGUUGAAAUAUUCAUCAUGAAUGAAUAAUUCUUUUUGUAAAAUAAUAUAUCUGUGCCAUGGAUGCAAUUGUGAUGUAAAUGUAUGUUUUUAAGCCUUUGUUGGCCUAGAGAAAAAUGCUAUUUUACAUUGUAACGGCCUGCUAUUGUAUGCAAUUAAGUCCAAUACUAAAUCUUAUAAUAAAAUAUAUUAAAUGAAUGAAA